UGAACGCAAACCGAACCGCUGGUGAUGGUUGUAACAGAAGCGGUUUGUUUUGCUUUUCAUUGCAUAGUCUGCAGACGUUUGGUCUUCACGUUAUUGAAGUUAAUUCACUUUAUUAACAGAAGCAACGGCAAACCUUUACGAUCAUGAGGAAUAAACAUUUGCUGCUAGGUAGAUGCACUUGGUGAAUUUUGGAGAUUUAAUCAAACAUGGCAAGACAGGGAGUAUCAAGACCAAAGGUGAUCUCAUCAGGCAGACUGACAGCCUCUGGACGUGCACAGAUACACAAGAAAACGGCUGCUGGGAGAUGUGUUCCUCCUCUUGAACCAGCAUACUCUCUUUAUUCUACAGACUCUGAAGAUCAGGUCACGACGAUACACAAGGGACUUGACCGAUGUGCUGCUUUACUCAAUGGGAUACUUCAAGCUGAGCAAGCAGAAUCAAAGCCCAAACCACAGGGAAUAAAAACCCGCACCUUUAAAUCCAAACCCAAAAUUGUAUCAAGAAAAAUGGAAAUCGACAGGAAAAGGCAAGGGAAGAAGGCAAACACAGCUGUGCAUGCGAACAAAAGGCCAGCUCCUGUGCAGAAGACGGUUCCAUCUGCCAGUUGUCACCUGAGUUCAGCAGGGUGUCGCGAUCAGAACCCUGGGAUCAGACGGGCACAAGUGUCACAGGAUCAGCCUUCAGGACUGACCCCUGUAAUUCAAGCAGAACACGAACAGAAAAACUCACUUCCACUGGCCUGCUCUCAGCCUGCUGCUAGCUGUAAUAUUCCAUCUUCGGGUCAGGUUCCCAAAUCCACUGUAUUUAACUGUCGGCUGACUACAUCAACACCUGCACUGAGCCCUCAGAGACCUGGAUCAGCUCACAGUGAACCUUGCACUUCCAAGUGUGUGCUGAGCAGUGGUAGCUCAUCUGUGGAGUUUGAUCAGUUGAGGGCCGUGAGUGCUGCCACCUCAUCCUGCUCUCAUGGGUGGGCUUUUUUCUCCAUGCCUCCUGAAGUCCAGACUCCGGUUACUGUAUCUCCUGUCCAGACCGCAUCCUGCGCUCCAGUACCUGUAAUCACCGGCCCAGUCUGCAGUUUUCAUCAUCAGGUGGGAUCUGUAGGGCCAAGUGCCCCUUCGGCGUCAUCCACCGGGUCCUCAACCUGUACCUCAUCAGCAGUGCUAACAACACACGUGCCCAACCAUCCCCAGGUCACCCAGCCUCAACCUGAUCCAAAUGGACCGGUACUGAUUAUUUGCAAUGAUCACGAGCAGGAAAUCUGUUCUAAAGAGAGUUCAAAAGAGGGUGGUACUAAUGCAGAGGUUGACGGAGUGGACACUACUGCACCUGUCAGAGACAUGAGCCAUGACACCAGCAAUGAGAAAUUAACAGGACUGUGUAACAAAGUCAAACCCGCCAGUCCAGAGAAAACCGCACAGAAAGUGAUGACUGUUAAAUAUCUGCUGGGAGAGCUGAAGACAUUAGUUGCUAAUCAGGACGGUGAUGCUGUGCGGCUGAUCUCUGAGGUGGAGCAGAGCAUCUCACUGCUUCCUGUCAUGGUGGGCAGCACCAACAUUCAGGCUGAGAUCGCGCUUGCCCUUCAACCACUCAGGAGUGAGAAUGUACAGCUGCGAAGGCGUUUGAGAAUACUCAAUCAGCAGUUAUUAGAGAGGGAGAGAGCAGAACGGCAAAACAGGCCGGAGGCUUGCGACAUGGAGGUGGUUGCAUUGCAGUCUCUGAACCUCACUCUACAAACUCAGUUAAAUGAGAGCCGGAAAGAACUUGACGAUCUGCAACAAGAGAACAUGAGAUUACAGAAAGCCAUGGAGGACAAACAUAGUGACCUGAAGCUGCACAAAGACUUGUGUGAGUUAGAGAACAACCGGCUAAGACUGGAGGUAAGUGAGGCAUUGGCUGAAAUGCAGAGUUGCCAGAGUAGACUUGGAAAGUAUGAGACUGAGAAGAUGGAACUUACUUUGAGCCUUGAGCAGAGGGAGACCGAGAUCAGCAGACUGCAGGAAGUCAUCAGAAAUCUGCAGAUAAGUCAAACAAAGGACACCGGCAAAUACGCUCAUCAGUUAGAAUUAUGUCAACCAAACUCUCAGCUUACCAAGAGUGUUCUGGAAUUGCAUGAAAAUGCACAAAGGGAGACGGCUGUGUCAGAUAAACUUUCAAACUCUGUGAAGACCUACCUUCAGACCCUGAAGAGCAUUGAGCAGGCCUCUCCUCCACGCCGAGUUUACUGUGGGUCCCAGAUGUUACAACCUGCCUCUCCUGGUCAGACUGAUGGUGGAAAAGAGAACUGUAUGCCAGUCUGCUCUCCGUAUAUGCGCAAACCAACCCUGGAAACCAUAGCUGAGAAUGUGUCUCAGUUAGAAGAGCAGAAACAAACAAUGUUUGCCCCUUUAAGAGAGACUGCAGUGGUGCAACUUGCCUCAGGAGGUCCUCACAGCAAUCCACUCAAUGAGUGUGAUGCAUUAUCAUCCAAGAAUCAAAGGGAAGAUGUGGAUGCUCAUGCAGAGCUGAAAUAUAAGGGCCGUGCUUUUGAAAAGCUGGACAUCUCAGAUGGGCUUCACAUUCAAGACGUGAAGAACGAUGGCCGAGAUUACAUUUCAGAUCAUCAGGGAAUGGCCUGGCAUUUAAAUCAGAAAAAUAAAGGCCUCAACAGUCAGCCGGUGCAAUCCCAACAUGCCCGAAGAUGCCUAAGGAUGGGUGUUCAGUCAGCAUCCAAUGGAUGCCCAUCAGUGACGGAAAACACCUUUUCCUCUUUUGAUGUUAAAUCUUUAGCCUCUGACUGGAGCAUAAACUCCUGGUCUACAUUUAACACACAGGAUGAGCAGAAUUUCAGAGAUGGGCUUGCAGCAUUAGAUGCCAGCAUAGAAAGUCUGCAGAAGACCCUGAGAGUUGAUCUAAAGAAAUAAUUCAGUAUGACAAUGUGUGUAUUGUUUUUAAUUUGAUUAUAUGGAAUUAGUGGAUGUUUUUAAAUGUCUUUUAUAUAUAUAUUGUAAAUUAAAUUAUAAUGUGAAAUAAUGAAAGAAUAUCACUUUUUUUGGUCCUAAGCAUGCUAGUUUUCAUUCUUGAAUAAUGAAGAAUCAACAGAAAUGUUCCCCA